GCCCGGCCUUCCAGUGCCAUCGGUGGCAAUGGAAGAGCUCGACGAGGUCGAGGUGCUCUGGCCGGAGUUCUACGCCGAAGCUGGCCACAAGCCACUGCCGGCGGCGACGACCAUGCCGAGGUCGCGCCCGAGGCAGCGGCGCGCGGCGCUGUCUCGGCCGGUGGACGUUCCAAGCAGGGGCGCCGUGCUCGUGAUACAGUGGAAAGAUGGUACUGAAGACGACUUGGAGGCCGACCACGGCGGCGGUGGCAGCAAGAUCAUCGUGCCGCCGCACCUGCUGGUCUCCGGCGGGGAGAGUGCCACAGUGGCGUGCGCGUCGCUGCGGUCGGGCCGGCAGCGCAUGCGGGCGCGUGACCUGCGGCACCUGCGCAACUCCGUGCUGCGGAUGACCGGCUUUAUUGAAGGAUGACGAUAUGACUGCCUCGCCGGCCUUGGUGUGUUGGUGGUUUGGUGCUCGGAAGUUGGGGGCAAACAUAUGUAUUACUUCAAUUCGUACGUAUGUCCUCCUUAAUUGGCAUUUCUCGAGCUCGAUAAUAUCCCUCAAUCUCCCUUGAGGAGCUGCUUUUCUUUCUUCAUCCAACAUUACAAACGAAAUAAAAAGACACUAUUUCAGUUA